GCUCGCAUUCGUUCUUUAUAUUUUUUGCCACAUACUCAAUUUCACAUUAUUACUGAAAAAAGUGGUGAAAAUACGUAUCUUUUUAAUAAAUAAAAGUUUUAUACAGAAUGAGUGGCGAGAAGAGUGUGAUUUUGGUGACGGGAGGGUCAGGGUUGGUCGGCCAGGCUAUCAAGACGGUCGUUGACAACGAGAAACGGCAGGCAACCGAGAACUCGAAGAAUGAAAUUUGGAUAUUUUGUGGCUCUAAGGAUGGGGACUUAAGAGAUAAGAGUGCAACAGAAGCUCUAUUUGAGAAGUAUAAGCCAACACAUGUGAUACACUUAGCUGCCAUGGUCGGUGGGCUAUUUCACAACAUGGCACACAACCUGGAUUUCUUUAGGGAAAACAUGGCAAUAAAUGACAACGUCCUUCACGCCAGUUUCAGGUAUAAAGUGAAGAAGGUGGUCUCUUGUCUAUCCACUUGCAUCUUUCCUGACAAGACCAGUUAUCCUAUUGAUGAGACUAUGGUGCACAAUGGUCCACCUCACGACUCCAAUUAUGGAUACAGUUACGCGAAGAGAAUGAUAGAUGUCCUCAACAGAGGCUACCACCUGCAACACGGCUGCACUUUCACAUCUGUGAUACCAUGCAAUGUCUUCGGACCGCACGACAACUUCAGGUUGGAAACGUCUCACGUCAUUCCCGCGCUUAUACGACGCAUGGAUGACGUUAUGCAAAACGGGGAGCCGACGUUCUCGGUAAUGGGCACCGGCAAACCGCGGCGGCAGUUCAUCUACUCGCUGGACCUUGCCAAGUUAUUCCUCUGGGUGCUCAGAAACUAUGAAAAUGUGGAGCCCAUUAUGUUGUCAGUGGACGAAGACGACGAACUGCCAAUAAGCGCGGUGGCAGAGACCAUCAAGCAGGCCCACGGCUACACCGGCGACAUCGUGUACGAUACCAGCAAAGCCGACGGCCAGUACAAGAAGACCGCCUCCAACAAGAAACUACGAUCUUUGUACAAAGACUUCAAGUUCACACCCUUCCAGGUGGCGAUUACGGAGACAGUGGCCUGGUUCAAGCAGAACAGAGAAAGUGCUAGGACUUAGAAGAGUUUUUUUUUAUUGAUUUCCGAUAGAUUGAUCUGUAACGCUAAAACACGGUGUUACUUUCGUCUAGUCCCACUUAGUAUGCCGUAAAUGAAACAACGGCAGCUAGAAUACGUCCUUGAAGGAACUUCGGUACUCUGAGUGGAGGUGUCUUUAAAAGACCUAUUCUGAAACAAUUCGAAUAGACGAGCAUAUAAAAAUAUUGAUGCAAAAGAGAUAGUAUCUGUUAUGUCAUAACUGAGUAAGAUGUACAAUCAUAAUUGUAUCGUCUACUUAAUUUAUGCAGGAUGGCUUUUUGGUCACCCUCCAAAUUUUAAUAUUGUGAUCUUUGGCGAUAAAAUAGAAUACGUGUUUUCUCUUUCAGUAUCACUCAUUACUAAAAUAUUGAUAUAUGGCACCAUAUCUAAAAAAACGUAAAAUUGUAAACAUCUGUGUGCACGCGACACGAACACCCUGAGUUACCUGCCCCCUGGAUUAUACUUUUACACUCUUUUUUUAUAAUAUAUUAAUUGAGGGGAGGAACAAGUCGUGCGCCUGGUGGCAAGCGACACGCCUGUCUAUAGUAGACGCAGUGUCGGUCAAAGCUCCAAAUCGCAGUUCUGAACAUCACUGGCACUGCGCCCGUGACCCUGAGAAUAAAAGUUGACAAGUCAUAUACAUGAGAUAC